AUGUCUUCCACGAUCCGGGUUCAUAACUCUCUAAAGCCAGGAGGACCAGUACCUUUUGUUCCAAUUGAGAAGGGAAAAGUCUCCUGGUAUGCCUGCGGCCCGACUGUUUACGACCAGAGCCAUUUAGGUCAUGCGCGCAAUUAUGUCUCGACCGAUAUUAUACGACGUAUCCUGUUGCAUUACUUUGGAUUCGACGUCAAGUUCGUUAUGAACUUUACAGAUGUAGACGAUAAGAUUAUAAUAAAAGCCCGGAGACAACGCUUGCUCGACCUCGAGAAACAAAAGAACUACACAGACGCCGAGACCAUAGAAUUAGCGAAAGCUGCGUUCCGAGAAUAUGCGAAGAGCAAUCUCCCUAAGCUUCUCGAAGGCGAGGGUGAGCUAGAUGUCAACAACUAUAUUCCGAGAAGAGAUGCAGCGUAUGGAAAUGUAUUGGCAGGGGGUACUCUGACAGGAGAAGGCAAGCCGGGAGACAUCGAGGCAAAGCUGAAGAUGCACAUAAGUAAUAUGACCACCGCGGUCAUUGCUAUCGGUGGUAACCAGGUAUUCGGGGGUGCCGACGAGAUCUUGCUGCCGUAUCUGGAUUCCCUAUAUAAGGAAACCAUUGAUACGAGCGAUCAGUCAAUCUUCACCGAUCUAACCCAGUUUAUGGAGGGGGAAUUUACUGACGAUAUGGAUGCUCUAAACGUACUUCGUCCUGAUGUGGUCACGCGAGUUACCGAAUAUGUGCCCCAAAUCGCUAAAUUCGUCGAAAAGGUUGUCGAGAAGGGUUAUGCGUACGAAGCUGAGGGGUCCGUCUACUUCGAUAUUGCAGCAUUUGAGAAGGCGGGAAAUACAUAUGCAAGACUACGACCGGAUAGUCGCAAUGACAAGGCGUUACAAGAAGAAGGCGAGGGCUCCUUAUCUAAGAGCCUCGGCGGGAAGAAGAGUGCCGGUGAUUUUGCACUGUGGAAGAAGUCUAAGCCAGGUGAACCGUACUGGCCAAGCAAAUGGGGCAAUGGACGACCAGGGUGGCAUAUUGAAUGCUCAGUAAUGGCAUCCGAUGUCCUAGGUUCACGUAUGGACCUCCAUAGUGGUGGUAUCGAUCUGGCAUUCCCGCAUCACGACAAUGAACUGGCCCAAAGCGAGGCGUAUUUCUGCGAGCACGGUCAUGAGCAUACCUGGGUCAACUACUUCCUGCACAUGGGCCACUUAUCGAUCUCUGGGUCGAAAAUGUCCAAAUCCCUCAAGAAUUUCGAGACAAUCAAGGAUGCGUUGGCAUCAACAUAUACAGCACGGUCAAUGCGCAUAGUAUUCCUUCUCGGCCGAUGGAACGACGGUGUUGAAAUAUCACCGGAUAUGAGAAUCCAAGCCGACAGCUGGGAAAGCCUGGUCAAUAACUUUUUCACGAACACAAAAUCGCUUCUAGCUGAGGCAGCCGGCUCUUCGACGACUGUAGACGGCGGUGUGAAGGCACUUUCGAUUGAUGAUAAAUCUCAAGAAGGCUUGCGAGCCGAUUUAGAACAAGCCAAGAAAGACGUCGAAGAAGCAUUUUCUAACUCUUUUGAUACGCCACAAGUCUUACGAGCAAUAGCGGAAGUGAUUAGAAAAGCCAACGUUCAUAUUAACACCCAAAAGUCCGAUGUGGACCUGCCAGCAGUUGAAGCAAUUGCAAGGUGGAUCACCAAGAUAGUUGGUAUCCUUGGUCUCGAUGCGAACGCGAGCCCUCCUUAUGAAGGUCUCGGCUGGGUUUCUGCUGCCGCGGCGACUAAUCAAGAUCCGACAACGGCCGUACAGCCAUAUAAGACCGUAUAUGAGACCGUCUAUUCUGACGUGCGGGCUCUGAAGCUCCCUUCCUCCGAAACUAUCACCAAUCUUUUCUCUCAAUCACCAGAUCUACAGUUUGACUCUUUAGCUGGUGCUGGAACCAGAGACCCAGAGCAAUUGGCAUUGCCAUAUCUACGGGCAGUGGCGAAGCUACGCGAUGAGCUCCGGCGUCUGGCUCCGACAGCAUCACCAGAAGUGAAGAAGUCAAUCCUAACCCUAAGCGACCGGGUGCGAGAUUUUGAUCUCACCAAUCUUGGAGUCUACUUAGACGAUCGACCGGAUCAGCCGUCAUUGAUAAAAUUUGUUCCCGCAGCUGAGUUGAUCGCAGCAAGAGAGGAAAAGGCAGCCAAGGAAGCAGAGAAAGCACGUGCGAAGGAAGAAGCAAGAAUUGCUAGAGAAAAAGCCGAAGAAGAAAAAUGGGAAAAGGCAAAAGUGGCGCCGGAGGAGAUGUUUAAGAGUGACGAUCGGUAUAGUGAAUGGGAUGCCGAAGGAUUACCUACGAAGAUGAAGGACGGUAGUGAAGUUGCUAAGAGCCAAUUGAAAAAGUUGAAGAAGGACUGGGAUAGGCAAAAGAAGGCACACGGAGAAUACAAGGCUAAGUUUGGAGGGGGUGCAGCGUAA